CCCUCCGCUCCCGCCAUCACCAAACUUUGCGCUGGCCCCGGUCGCCGCCUCCCCGGCACAUGGCCCCGGCACCGCGGCGCUGAGCGCCGGCAGCAGCCCCGGCCCGAGCGCGCAGGGAGCGGGGACAGCGCGGCCGCCACCGCGGGGAGCGGGGACAGCGCGGCCGCCACCGCGCCAGCGCCGCCGCCUCCGGCACCCAUCGCGGGGCUCUCGGGAGGACGGGGCAGAGCGGCGAGGGGCGGCCGGAGGCAGCGGAGCCGGUGCCCAUGUGCCCGCCGUCGCGGCGGGGCGAUGAGGCCGCGAUGAGCGCGGCGGGCGCGGGCACCGUGCGGCCCUGGAAGCCCGACCCGGGCCAGGCGGGCGGGGAUCGGCCGGGACCGGCGCUGCCGCUCACCCUCAGCGUGCUGGCCUGGCUGGGCACCGGCACCACCAUGGCCGGCCUCAACAAGUGGAUCUUCGCGGCGCACGGGUUCCGCUACCCGCUGCUGCUGUCGGCGCUGCACAUGCUGUCCGGCGUGGCCGUGGGUUACCCGCUGGGCUGGGCACGGGCACCGGGCCCCCGGCCCCGCGCCAGGAUCUACCUGCUCAGCCUCACCUUCUGCACCAGCGUGGCCCUGGGCAACCUGGGCCUGAGCUACGUGCAGCUGGACGUGGCCCAGGCCGUGGCCACCACCACGCCGCUGGUGACGCUGGUGCUGGGGGUGCUGGGGGGCCGGCGGCCGCACCCGCUGCAGUUCUGGGCCAUGGGGCCGGUGUGUGCCGGGGCCGCCUGCAGCAUCGCCGGCGGGCUCUGCUUCUCCCAGCCCGGCUGCGGCUUCCUCCUGGCCGCCACCGUGCUCCGCGCCCUCAAGUCCAUCCAGCAGAGUGUGCUGCUGCAGGAGGACCGUCUGGACGCGCUGUCUCUGCUCGGCCUGACAUCCCUGCCCAGCUUCGUGCUGCUGUUCGGGGCGGCCGUGGCGCUGGAGCUGGGCCCCUCGUGGCAGGGCAUCCUUCGCCCCGACGCCGCGCUCUGGGGCUGCGUCCUGCUCAGCUGCCUGGGCUCCGUCCUCUACAACCUGGCCACCUCCUGCCUCCUGUCCCUCACCUCGGCCCUCACGCUGCACCUCCUGGGCAGCCUCACCGUGGUGGGCAACUUGCUGCUGUCGUGGCUGCUGUUCGGCACGCAGCUGGGCGCGCUGGGCUACGCCGGCGUGGCGCUGACGCUGGCCGGGAUGGUGCUGUACCACCAGCCCCGGCUCCUGGCUGCCUGCUGGGGCCUGCGUGGGCACCCACGGCACGAGUAGGGACCCGCGGGGGGCUGGGGGCCAGGAGGGCUCUAGGGAACGCUGUGCACAUGUGUGCUGGUGUGUGUGAGCCUGCACA